AUGGAGACAACAGACAGCAACAAGGCGAAGCAGGGCGUGGCAGGGCUCUACCUCGUGAAAGACUGUUCUUCGGAUGGGAGAAGUGGGCAGUCCUCAAUCGACAUCGUGGCCAUUCACGGCAUCAAUGGCCACUGUAUAAAGUCGUGGGAAGAUGCCAAAACCGGGACGUAUUGGCUGCGAGAUCUAUUGCCUGGCAAACUUCCUCACGCCCGCAUCAUGACCUUUCAAUAUGAUUCCAAGAAGGACCGUCCGAUCGUGUUCCUCGCCCAUAGCUUGGGUGGUAUCAUCACCAAGAGCAUGCUCACCAAGGUGCGAGAAGACAGCCAACUCGGGACAGUUGGCAUCUUAAAUAACACGAAAGGAAUAAUCUUCUUCGGGACACCCCACAGAGGUUCCAAGAGCGCAAACUGGGCUGCAGUGGUAUCAAAGACUACAUCUACAACGUUGCUCGGCCAGGACUCCCAGUUGUUGAAAUUGCUGGAGCUGCACUCGCCCGAUCUGUUGAAGAUAUCCCAGGACUUCCGAGGUCUAGCGUCCGAGUAUGCCAUCACCAGCUUCUACGAACAGAACGCACAUCGCAUGGCCAGAACCCUGAUUGUGGACAAGAUGUCUGCUAUCGUGGGGCUAGUACACGAAGACGUCCUGAUGCUAGGCGGCGAUCACUCGUCAAUGUGCAAGUUUGCGAAGGGUGAUCCGCGCUUCGACACGGUCUGGUGGUACAUCCAAAAGGCUGCAGAGGGUCCACCUGCCGCUCGCCGCGAGGGACGUCGCAUACUACGUUUGAGGGCAAGGGCGGAAGAGAAGGAAAGGGCGGAGGAGAAGGCAAAGCGUCAGGCUCCACCCACCCCCAAAUCUUGAGAGUUCAAGGCGGAGAACCAGACUUGCAGCCGUUUGGGGAACAUGUACUGAGUCGUUUUUUCUUUC